GCUUCAUCUUCAUUCAAAGAAAAGCAGAAGGGGGAGACUCAGUCACUCAGACAAGGAGUGGCCUUGGCUGGACAGUAUGGGGGCAACAUUCCUCCGUCCUCAACUCAUCCUCAUGUUGCAUUGGAGGGAAAGCCGAAUAGCAGCCACCAAGCUCUCUUGCAGCAUCUGUUACUGAAAGAACAAAUGAGACAGCAGAAACUUCUUGUGACUGGAGCAGUUCCUCUUCAUCCACAGUCUCCUUUAGCAGCGAAGGAGAGAGUCUCACCUGGCGUAAGAGCUGCCCACAAACUGCCUCGUCACAGGCCACUGAAUCGAACCCAGUCAGCCCCUCUUCCUCAGAGUACUUUGGCCCAGCUGGUCAUCCAGCAGCAACAUCAACAAUUUUUGGAGAAGCAGAAACAGUACCAGCAGCAGAUACACAUGAAUAAGAUGCUCUCUAAGUCCAUUGAGCAGCUCAAGCAGCCUGGCAGCACUGGCAGUCACCUGGAGGAAGCUGAAGAAGAGCUUCAUGGAGAUCACUCAAUGCAGGAAGAGCGAGCUCCCACCAGCGGUGCCAGCGUUAGGGCUGAGAGCAGCAGUGCUGGCGUGGAUGACAGAAUAGGACAGCAGGUGGGGGCUGUGAAAGUCAAAGAGGAGCCACCGGACAGUGAUGAGGAUGUUCAAACCCAGCAAAUGGAAUCUGGGGAGCAAGCUGCUUUUAUGCAACAGGAGUUCCUGGCACAUCGGCAUGUCCACCAGUUGCAAAUCUACCAGGCUCAGAUGGCUACAGUUGGCAUGGCGGGAUUAGAUAAACAUCAACCGGUGCCCAGGACCCUGUCUUCCCCCGCUGAUUCCACAUUACCUCACCCAGACGUGGACCAGCCUAGCCAGCAUGUCUACACGACUGGUGUUGUGUAUGACAAUCUGAUGCUGAAGCACCAGUGUAUGUGUGGCAACUAUGCUAAUCACCCUGAACAUGCUGGAAGGAUCCAAAGCAUCUGGUCAAGGCUGCAAGAAACUGGGCUGCUAAACAAGUGUGAGCGAAUUCGAGGUCGAAAAGCCAGUCUGGAGGAAAUACAGCUGGUUCACUCUGAACAUCAUUCACUGCUUUAUGGCACCAGCCCCCUGAACAGACAGAAGCUGGACCCCAGGAAACUCCUAGGAAACGUGUCUCAAAAACUCUUUUCCUUGUUGCCUUGUGGGGGACUUGGGUGGCCUGAGGCACUGGUGAGUUCUGGUGGCACGGGUUGCCCACGACGGCUGCUGGAGCCAGCGGUGGCCGUCCCCACCAGAUGCUUUGCCCCGGCGCUGGCAGGUCCCCGUCCCCCCACCGGCAUGAGGAGCCAGCACGUGGCGGCUGGCGGCUGGCGAGCAGGCCCAGCCCGGCCGAU